UCUGGGCAAAAGAAAGAUGAUAACAGUUUACCCCAGGAAGAUAGUAAUGGUCAGAGCCGAGAGAGAAUUGAAGAUAGAGAUGAUCAGCGAAGGAGAGACAGGGAAAGGGAGAGAAUACGCGAAAGGGACAGAGACAGGGAUCGCAGUAGGGAUAGAGACAGAGAGAGAGAAAGGGACCGUGAUCGUGAAAGGGACAGAGAUAGAUAUGGCGAGAGAGAUCGAUCACGGGAUAGGGAUAUGGACCGUUCCCGCGAACAUAUGAGGGAGAGAUCCCACGAAAGAGAGAGGGACACUUAUCGCUCUAGGCGUGAUGACCGAUGGCAGAAUGUGCCCGCGCCCGAGCCCCCGCGCUCCUCCUCACCUUACUCUCCAACCAAAGUGGACUACUCUCCCCCCGUCUUCUCGACCAUGUACCCGCCACCCAAUCUAAGUUUACCACCGCCGUCGACGCAACCAGCCUUCUCUCAGCCGCCACCGACCCAGCCAUUCAUCUCAUACCCUACCGCUGUGCCUCCCCCUCAGCAGACCGUCGUCGGCCCGUCACCUGUGCCCCCAGUCUCCCUCGCCAUGGCCACGCAGGGCGUGCACACGGGGGUGCCCCCGCCCCCCACCUCCAUCGCCCUCCAGCUGAUCCCUCAACCCUCUCCCAUCCAGCCCCACUCAAUCCCUCCGCCAUCCCCUAUGGACCCUCACCUCAUCCCGCCGCCGCCGAUGCCCCCCACCGGGAUGCCCCCUCCCGGCCUGCUGCCUCCACAGUUCCAACCCCAGGGUCCCCACGGUGUCCCUCCUCCCGUCCCACCGCCGGGCGUGCCGCCUGGCGUGCCACCUCCUGGGGUCCCUCCCCACGGAGUGCCUCCCCCCGGAGUGCCACCGCACGGUGUUCCACCCCCGGGCGUCCCCCCGCCUGGGGUACCACCGCCAGGCGUGCCCCCACCAACAGGUGUUCGACCACCUGGAGCGGCGGGUCUUCCCUCUGGUGUCCGCAUGCCGGGCCUUCCCCCCGGCAUGCCGCCGGGUAUGCCGCCUGGCGUCCCCCCUCCUCCUCUCCCUCACCUCACUGGAGUCCCUCCGCCGUCAGUCGUCCCCUCAUUCCCUCCAAUCCCUGUUAUGCCUGUCCCACCGCCAUCUGCAGGGCCUGAUGUCAAGCCCGUUAUCGGUAAGUGUUUUCACCGUACCCUGUGGUGAUAUUUCUAGUUUUAG